AUGACAGCUGCGGUGACACCAGUGGCACGUCGCAGUCCGUGGACGCACAAUGUGAUCUGCGGUAUUGUUGCAACAGCCUUCUACCGUAUGGGAGCAGGCCUAUACAUGAUGACCGUGUUGCCAUCUUUCAUCCUGUUGGUUGGUGGAAACAAUUUUGAUGUGGGCUUCGCGGAAGGCUUGCAGGGCCUUGCGAAUCUCCUCAGUGCCAUGCCUGCGGGCUACAUUGCAGACAAAUGGUCACGAAGAGCUUGUAUCAGGAUGGGCACAUGUCUCACGUUCCUCUCAGCUGGCUGUUUGCUGCUGGCAGUGAUCAUUGCCAAGCCAAAGGAUUUUGUGCCCUUUGUUCUCCUCUGUUUGGCCCUGGCAUUGCAGGGCAUUUGCGACGGCAUCAUCAAUGGUCCAUUGGCCGCCUUGAUGGAUGACUCAUGCCCUGCAGGACGCCGCAGUGAUGUGGAGUCCAUGAAUGCCUCGGUGGGAGGUGUUGCUGCUUCAGUGGGGCCCCUCUUGGGGCUCAUCGUUUUUGCCACGACUGGCAACACCUGGACGACUUUCUCGAUGAAAGUAGUUAUUUGCGUGGGCAUUUUUCUGUCCUUGCUGGCGAUUAUUCCAUGCCUGCUGAUGCACGACAAAUAUGCCUUGGCGGAAUCCAGUGAGGCUGUCCAUUUGCAGAAGAACUUGCUGGAAUCCCAAAGGUGGCGAAGUGAGCAAUCCACCUGCUUUGGAUUGGUGACAGUUCAACGCGUUUGUAUAGUGAUGUUCAUCAACCAAUUGAUUCUGACGAUUGGUGCUGGCAUGACAGUGAAAUUUUUCCCGGUGUUCUUCAAAGAAGAAACCCAUUUGAAGCCGGUUCUACUGCAGGCGGUCUUUGGCUCCUUGAAUCUCUUUGCCGGGCUUGGAAACCUUUUGGCAAACCGUCUCUCAAAAAAGUUCGGCAGACUACAGGUCAUCAUUUGUGGCUACAUCGCUGGCAUCACUUGCACAAUGCUGAUGGGCACUGUACGUUCCUACUACACCGUCCCAGCUGUGAUGCUGCCAAUCUUCUUGACGCGCUGCAUAUGUAUGUGGAGCUGCACUCCAUUGCUGGGCUCCAUCAUUGCAGAUUACACGCCCAAGGCAACACGCGGACGUUGGAAAGCCUUGAGUUCCGUAGCAGUGGUCGGAUGGUCGGGCAGUGCUGCAGUGGGUGGUUGGCUGAUCGACCACACUGGCUUUGGCGUGACUUUUAUCAUCACCGCGUGCUUCCAAACCUGCUCCAUACCAAUCAUGUGUAUCCUUUUACCCCUUGUGGCCAAAGAGUCAGAACUGCUUGCAGCACAAAGCGCUGAGAGCCUGACAGCCACAGAGAUCUCGAUGCAAGCUGAGACAUCAUAA